AUGAGGCUCCAACACUACAUAUACUACGGCAUCUGGCCUGUUUGUUUCGUCAUCAGAGUCAAGAACCUCGUCUUUGCUUAUUUGCCCUGCAACUUUUCACCUUUUCUCAUGGAUAUUUCUGUCUUCCUUUUUCAUCUUGUACUGCUGCUAGGUCUUCCUACUGCUUCGAUAGCCCACAUCAAACGCAGCAUCCAAACAGAUCAAUCAGCAUUGUUUGCCUUAAAAUCCCAACUGUUCCAUUCUUCGAACUUACUGAGGAAAAAUUGGACUGCAAAUGUAUCAGUGUGCAACUGGAUUGGAGUGACAUGCUCCUCUCGCCACCAUAGAGUUGUCUCCUUGAAUCUCUCUUGCUUAGGCCUUCAAGGUAGCAUCCCUCCAGAGAUAGGAAACCUCUCUUUUGUCAAUUCUAUUGACCUCAGUGGCAACAAUUUCCAGGCAAAUUUGCCCAUGCUGGUGCAUUUACGCAGGCUCAAAUAUAUUAGUCUUGCCAACAACAAUUUUGGGGGAGAGGUUCCUUCGGGGUUCGGUUCUCUGCCUAACCUUCAAGCCCUGGAUUUGUCAAAUAACAGCUUCACAGGUGCCAUUCCGACUUCCCUAUUCAAUGCAUCAAAGUUGGAGUCCAUAAGUAUCAUGUCCAAUCAAUUGCAAGGAAAUAUUCCCCAAGAAAUCGGUAAUCUAGGAAACUUGAAAGUCUUAAGAAUGGCAAAUAAACCAGCUUACAGGGCUUAUACCACUAACACUUUUCAACAUCUCGUCCCUGCAAAUAGUCAAUUUGAGAAAUAA